UGCAUGCCUCUAACCCUCCAGUCUUGUGUCUACUUUGUAAAAGUGGCCUCCGUGACUCAGUCUCAACCAGCUCCUGCCUCUUGCAGGGCAUCUAUACCAGCCUCUGAGAAGUGACUUGAAUAUAGACCUAGUCAAAGCAAGGGAACCUUAAGACCUUUCUUGGUUGUCUUGUGCUACAGGAGGUGAGCCUUCUAUGCAGUGCCUGCUUGUGGGCAUUGAUUCUGGCUUCUCUGACAUGGGGGAUGCUCAGUACAGGGCAACUUUGCCUGCUUUAUGUCAUCACAUGUGGGUUCCUCACCAGUGAGGCACCUGCCUGGGACCUUGGGAACCCAGUAGUGCACUUUCAACAGGACAUGAGUCUGCAGCAACUCCUUGGUCAGUGGUGGAGGGGUGUAAGCCACAGUUGACAGUCCGGUCACUUAGUGGAUGGUCAGUGGGAAAUGAGGGAGGGACCUUGAGGAUUGAGCAGCCUUCAGGAUCAGCUACCUUAGACAGCCUUGAGGUCUGAAACCAGAGACCUGAAAAGAAAAAACCUUGGGAAUGGGAAUAAAAGGGUGUGCUUAGCCAGGUGACUGGUGUACCCCGGGUGAAGACUGGAAAUUAUGGGGGUAGUGCCUGAUGCUCUGGGGUGGGGUCUAGUAAGUUAAUAGGCCAGAAGAGUCUAUUCUGUCAGCAGUAGCAGACUUAGGCCUCCCUUUUCUGGGACCAACACAGUGUUAGCUUCCCAGGGACCUAUGGCUUUAUUUCCUAUUCACUGGUCCUGAUCAACAUGGGUACUCAAGGAACAUGCCAAAGUCCCCCCCCCACACACACACAUGCACACAUGCACACACGCAUACAUAUACACACAUAAUUAGGCUAGACCUGCUCCAGGUAUCUCUGGAGUGGAGGCAGACAUGCUCUUGGUUACCUAGGUGGCCAGAAGAGCUUCCUCCAAGGCAGCUCCCAGGAGCAACCCCUUUUUAGGUAUGUGAAGCUCACUUGAGAGCUUCUUCCCUGAGCUUCUGCCAGCCCCCGCCUUGGUGCUGGAGGCUAGGUAGCAGCCAAACUGCAACAUGGUCCACCCACCCCUGGAGGAGAAUCCCAGGGCUGGUAGAACCUCCUUGAUUAGAUGGAAUUUCAGAUGAGACUGGGACCAAAUCAUUCCUUUCUCCCCAUGCUAUGGGCAGGGAGGUGGCUGUGUCCCCUGCUGACUACAUAGGCCUGGGUGGUCACAGGACCUUCUGGAGCCUCUGUGAGGUGGGGGUGGGGCAGUUAUUCUUGGAUGCUGCCAGGGUAGAGUUUCAGAUUUGUUUAUCCAUGUAGGAGGCACCUUGGGGCCAGGGGUGAGGAACACAGCUCAGCAGUGACAUUCAGAUCACCUAGCCUGGAGGGGCCUCAGAUUUCCUUGUCUUGAUAUAUGUACUGGGAAUCAUAACUUAAUUUCUUCCAGAGAAUUUGGAGAGAGGUACUACAGCACAGUGGUCCCCAGCAAGCUUCAGGCCAGUAAGCACAACAGCCUGCACAGGAGGGCACGUCACACCAACAACUGGCUUGGGGAUUGCACAGGCCAGAGUCAUUACUAUUAAUAUCUGGUACAUGAGCCCCAGUUGGGUGAUCCUCUUAUGCCUCUGGCCUUGGCCUCAGAGACUAAGCAGUGAGUACGUUCUCUUAGUACAGAAGGGCUCCUGGGGCCUCCCAGUUGCUGUGCCCUACCCGCUGUACAUAGCAAGCUGCCUCUGCCAGCUAGGGGUCCAACCCCACCCAGGUUUUCUGCUCUGGUGCCCAUAGUAGUGGUUCCACCUAUGGAGGACCAGUUCAGGUGUCCAGAACUCCAAAGCUAUCCUUGAGGACAACUGUAGGUCUAAAAGGUAGUGAUACCCUAACUGCUAGCACCUAGACUACACACACUUGGGUCAUCCCACCACCCAGGAGCACCCACCUCUGAGCCUUCUGUGCCAACCUGCAUCCUUGGCCAUGAGCAGCACCCCAGCUUACCCUGGCAUCAGGAUCUCAGGGUGCUGGGCCCUUGGAGCAGAAGGCAGCAAUGCAGGGUCCUUGGACAGACUCCUCCCACCAGUGGGUACUGGGCGCUCACCCAGGAAGCGUACCACCAGCCAGUGUAAGUCUGAGCCACCCCUGCUUCGCACAAGCAAGCGCACCAUCUACACAGCUGGGCGGCCACCCUGGUACAAUGAACAUGGCACACAGUCCAAGGAGGCCUUUGCCAUUGGCCUGGGUGGUGGCAGUGCAUCUGGGAAGACCACUGUGGCCAGAAUGAUCAUUGAGGCACUUGAUGUGCCCUGGGUGGUCCUGCUGUCCAUGGACUCCUUCUAUAAGGUUCUGACACAGCAGCAGCAGGAGCAGGCUGCCCACAAUAACUAUAACUUUGACCAUCCUGAUGCCUUUGACUUCGAUCUCAUCAUUUCUACCCUCAAGAAACUAAAACAGGGCAGGAGUGUCCAAGUACCCAUCUAUGACUUCACCACUCAUAGCCGGAAAAAGGACUGGAAAACACUGUAUGGUGCAAAUGUCAUCAUCUUUGAGGGUAUCAUGGCCUUUGCUGACAAGACACUGCUGGAGCUCCUGGAUAUGAAGAUCUUUGUAGACACCGACUCUGAUAUCCGACUGGUACGGCGGCUGCGCCGGGAUAUCAGUGAACGAGGCCGGGACAUUGAAGGUGUCAUUAAGCAGUACAACAAGUUUGUCAAACCUGCCUUUGACCAGUAUAUCCAGCCCACCAUGCGCCUGGCAGACAUUGUGGUGCCCAGAGGGAGCGGGAAUACAGUGGCCAUUGACCUGAUUGUGCAGCAUGUUCACAGCCAGCUGGAGGAGAGGAAGCUGCGUUGGGAUAUGGCUGCACUGGCCUCGGCUCACCAGUGCCACCCCCUUCCCCAAACACUGAGCGUCCUCAAGAGCACACCACAGGUACGAGGCAUGCACACCAUCAUCAGAGACAAGGAGACCAGCCGGGAUGAAUUCAUCUUCUACUCUAAGAGGUUGAUGCGGCUGCUUAUUGAGCAUGCACUGUCCUUCCUACCCUUUCAGGACUGCACUGUGCAGACUCCACAGGGGCAGGACUACACGGGCAAGUGCUACACUGGAAAGCAGAUCACUGGUGUGUCCAUUCUACGAGCUGGGGAAACCAUGGAGCCUGCACUGCGAGCCGUGUGCAAAGAUGUGCGCAUCGGUACCAUUCUCAUCCAGACAAACCAGCUCACAGGAGAGCCUGAGCUACACUACCUGAGACUGCCCAAGGACAUCAGUGAUGACCACGUGAUCCUAAUGGACUGCACAGUGUCCACUGGUGCUGCAGCCAUGAUGGCCGUACGUGUGCUCUUGGACCACGAUGUGCCUGAGGACAAGAUUUUCUUGCUGUCCUUGCUCAUGGCAGAGAUGGGUGUGCACUCUGUCGCCUAUGCCUUCCCAAGAGUGAGAAUCAUCACCACGGCUGUGGACAAGCGUGUCAAUGACCUUUUCCGUAUCAUCCCAGGCAUUGGGAACUUUGGUGAUCGCUACUUUGGAACAGAUGCAGUCCCUGAAGGCAGUGAUGAGGAGGAACUGUCAUCUGUGGGGUAGUUCCCAGUCUGAGCCACUCCCAUUUCUACCCAACCUCCUGUAUCCUGGCCUGGGAUUGCAGAUUCAACAUAUUAACUUAUUUUAAUUUAAAAAUGUUACCAAAAAUAAUACUCAGUUAAUACAUUUUAUAAAAGAAUAAAGCUUUAGAGAAUGAAGACAUGA